CUGUUCUUCUUGUGCGUAAAAACGCGCAAUAACGCGCUCAUGACAGCCUGACCACGCCUGGGAAGUUUAGGGCGGAGAGUCACAGUUAACUAAGUUGAAGGAUCAAGACAUUUGUACAUUUCUCGGACUUCUUGGGCUCUUCAGAAGUGGAAAAAUGUCUGGAGUCGCCUCUACCCUGGCCAAGAAGAGAGCGCUGGCUGCAGGGUUCGGGUCUAACGCCAACGCCACCAAAUACCUCAACCAGGACUUCGAGGCGCUCAGGAGCCAGUGUCUCAGCGGGGGGACCCUGUUCUCAGACCCCUAUUUCCCAGCCGCACCCGAAUCCCUGGGCUUUAAAGAACUCGGACCCAGCUCGUCCAAAACCAGAGGACUAGUGUGGAAAAGACCUGGGGAGCUGCGCUCAAAACCCCAAUUCAUCGUCGGAGGAGCUACACGGACGGAUAUCUGUCAAGGAGCUCUGGGUGACUGCUGGCUGCUAGCGGCCAUAGCCUCUCUGACCCUGAAUGAGGAUGUUCUGGCACGAGUGGUGCCCGAUGGACAGGGCUUCGGUCAAAAUUAUGCCGGAAUCUUCCAUUUCCAGUUCUGGCAGUUUGGCGAGUGGGUGGAUGUUGUCAUUGAUGACCGGCUGCCGGUGAAAGACGGCGAGUUGGUGUUUGUGCACUCCGCCGAGGGAAACGAGUUCUGGAGCGCCCUGCUGGAGAAGGCCUAUGCGAAGGUGAACGGCUGUUAUGAAGCUCUGUCUGGAGGAACCACCAGUGAGGGCUUUGAAGAUUUCACUGGAGGCAUCGCUGAGAGCUACGAGCUGAGCAAAGCUCCUUCCAACAUGUUUCAGAUCAUCCAGAAAGCCCUGGAGGCUGGAGCUUUGCUGGGCUGCUCCAUCGACAUCACUAGUGCCUCUGAUUCAGAAGCAGUCACCCGCCAGAAGCUGGUGAAAGGCCACGCUUACUCACUCACGGGGGCAACCGAGGUGAACUAUCGCGGGCGCAUGGAGAAGCUGAUUCGUAUACGCAACCCUUGGGGGCAGGUGGAGUGGACCGGAGCCUGGAGUGAUGGUUCAUCCGAAUGGAAUAAUAUUUCUUCACAGCGGCCGGACGCCAGCGCUGAGGAUGGAGAAUUCUGGAUGUCAUUCUCAGAUUUCCUUAGCCAUUACUCUCGGAUAGAGAUCUGCACUCUGACCCCGGACGCCAUCACCAGCGAUUCAAUUAAACACUGGGCCGUGACCAACCACGACGGCACAUGGAGGAGAGGCUCCACCGCUGGGGGCUGCAGAAACAACGCUUACACAUUCUGGAUGAAUCCUCAAUAUGUGAUUAAGCUGGAUGAAGAAGAUGACGACCCAGAUGACAAUGAGGUGGGCUGCAGUUUCGUGGUGGGGUUGAUCCAGAAGAACCGGCGUCGUCUGAGGAAAGCGGGAGAGGACAUGCACACUAUUGGCUUUGCUAUUUAUGAGGUUCCUCCACAGUUUCGAGGUCAGCGUGAUGUGCACCUCGAUAAGAACUACUUCCUGACACAUGCGCAGAAAGCUCGCUCUGAGACCUUCGUUAACCUGAGAGAGGUCUGCACACGCUUCAAGCUGCCUCCUGGAGAGUACCUCAUCGUGCCGUCCACCUUCGAACCCAACAAGGACGGAGACUUUUGCCUGCGAGUCUUUUCCGAAAAACAGACCGAAACACUACCAUGUGAUGACCCUGUGGAUGCUGAACUUCCUGAUGAGACUGUCUCAGACAGUGAAGUUGAUUCUGGAUUCAGAGGCAUGUUCUUAAAACUCGCUGGAGCUGACAUGGAAAUAUCAGCCACGGAGCUCAUGACUAUCUUAAACAAAAUCGUCGCGAAACGAACUGACAUAAAGACGGACGGCUUCAGUUUGGAAACGUGUCGUGUCAUAGUGAACCUCAUGGAUGACAGUGGGAACGGAAAACUCGGUUUGGGAGAGUUCGCUACUCUGUGGAAGAAAAUUCAGCGAUACCUUGGAAUUUACAAGAAGAAUGACAUGGAUAAUUCAGGAACCAUGAGCACUCCAGAGCUGCGUUUGGCGCUGAAAGAAGCCGGUUUCACUCUUAAUAACGCUAUAUUUCAGCUGCUGGUAGCACGUUACGCCGAGACAGACAUGACUCUUGACUUUGAUAACUUUGUGUCCUGUCUCAUGCGUCUGGAGAUGAUGUUCCGGGUAUUCAAAAAGCUGGAUCCUCACCACAGUGGCUUCAUUGAGCUGGACUUUGUGCAGCUCGAGGCCCACACAAGGAACCUGAGCUACCACUUAGAGAACUGCCCUCCAUGGACAUUUUCCCUGAAAUCAUGGCUCGUCAUGUAUUCAAUUGGAGUGUCGUCGCGUAUUUACAAGGAACGGCUUCAGGCAGAAGGGAUGGGAACCAAUGACAAUGCGGUCAAGUUCCUGAACCAGGACUAUGAGGAGCUGAAGAGAGAGUGUCUGGAGAGCGGCAGGCUGUUUGAGGACCCCUGCUUCCCAGCCGUGCCUCAGUCACUGGGCUUCAAGGAGCUCGCGCCAUACUCCUCCAAAACACAUGGUGUGCAGUGGAUAAGGCCCACUGAGCUGUCAAGCAACCCUGAGUUUAUAGUGGGCGGAGCCACACGCACAGAUAUUUGCCAGGGAGCCCUAGGUGACUGUUGGCUGUUAGCUGCCAUCGCAUCCCUGACUUUAAAUGACAGGCUGCUUCACAGAGUCGUUCCUCAUGGACAAAGCUUUAUGGACGAGUACGCCGGCAUCUUCCACUUCCAGUUCUGGCAGUUUGGCGAUUGGGUGGACGUUGUGGUCGAUGACCGUUUGCCUGUGAAAGAUAAAGAGCUGAUGUUUGUUCACUCAGCAGAGGGAAAUGAGUUUUGGAGCGCCUUGCUGGAAAAAGCCUAUGCCAAGCUGAAUGGCUCAUAUGAAGCUCUGUCGGGAGGGUCCACCACUGAAGGUUUUGAGGACUUCACGGGUGGAGUGGCCGAGAUGUACGAGCUGCGUCAAGCUCCCAAAGACUUGCACCGCAUCAUUGCCAAAGCCUUGGAGAGAGGCUCACUGUUGGGCUGCUCUAUUGAUAUCACCAGUGCCUUUGAUAUGGAGGCUGUAACUUUUAAGAAGCUGGUGAAGGGACAUGCGUACUCCGUCACGGGUCUCAGAGAGGUGAAUUUCAGUGGCAGCAGAGAGAGGCUGAUCCGCAUCCGAAACCCUUGGGGGCAAGUUGAAUGGACAGGGGCUUGGAGUGACAAUUCUACCGAGUGGAAUGGGAUUGAUCCAGCAGAGAGAGAGGAAAUGAACAACCACAUGGAGGAUGGCGAGUUCUGGAUGCCAUUUCAGGAGUUCAAACGUCAGUUUUCUCGUCUGGAGAUCUGUAACCUCACACCAGACGCUCUGAGUGAAGAUUCUCUAAAUUUCUGGAACACGAUUAAGUUUAACGGGACUUGGAGGAGAGGAAGUACAGCAGGGGGCUGCAGGAACAACCCCAAUACAUUCUGGAUAAACCCUCAAUAUAAGAUCACACUGCUGGAGGAAGAUGAUGAUCCUGAGGAUGAUGAGGUGGCCUGCAGCUUCCUGGUGGCCUUAAUGCAGAAGGACAGGAGACGUUACCGCAAGCAAGGGCAGGACAUGCACACCAUUGGCUUCGCUGUAUAUGAGGUCCCAGAAGAGUUUCAUGGCUCCCAGAGCGUUCACCUCAAGAAGGACUUUUUCUUGCGUCACUCAUCCUGCGCUCGCUCAGAAACCUUCAUUAACCUGCGGGAAGUCAGCACACGACUGAAGCUGCCACCGGGCGAGUAUCUCGUAGUCCCUUCCACUUUUGAGCCCGGAAAAGAGGCCGAUUUUGUCCUGCGAGUCUUCACGGAGAAACAGUCAGAAACUCAAGAAAUGGAUGAUGAGAUUGCGUUUAACUUGGAAGAUGAAGAGGAGGUUUCAGAGGAGGACAUGGAAGACUCUUUUAAAAAGCUGUUUGCACAGCUGUCUGGAGAGGACAUGGAGAUUUCAGUUCAUGAGCUCAGGACCAUUCUGAACCGAGUGGUCAGCAAACACAGGGACGUGAAGACCGAUGGGUUCAGUUUGGAGUCGUGUAGGUGCAUGGUCAGCCUGAUGGAUAAAGAUGGAAGUGCACGGCUGGGAAUUGUGGAGUUCCAGAUUCUAUGGAAUAAAAUCAGGAAGUGGCUGGGCAUUUUUAGACAGUUUGAUCUGGAUAAAUCUGGCACAAUGAGCUCGUAUGAAAUGCGCCUCGCUGUGGAGUCAGCUGGUUUUAAACUCAAUAACAAGCUACAUCAAGUAAUUGUGGCACGGUAUUCUGAUGGAGAUACGAUCGACUUCGACAAUUUUGUCUGUUGCCUGGUCAAACUGGAGGCUAUGUUCAGGACUUUUAGAGAACUGGACAAAGAGGGCUCAGGCAUCGCACAGCUCAAUGUUAGCGAGUGGCUGUACCUGACCAUGUGUGGUUGAUGUGUGAAGAUCAUAUCGUUCUGGAAUAGAAGGGGUUAAAACCAUUCCCUAAACUGCAGCUUUAAUCCGUUACACCCAGUAAUUCCUGAGCAAUACAGUGCAUACUGCCUUAAAACAUCCAAACUAACCCUCACAUGAGCCUAUAGGGCACUGUAUGACUUUUGGUAAAAAAAUGGAUAUCCUCAUUAUGCAAGAUGAGUUUAUCAAUUAUUAACCACUCAAUGUUAACAGAAAAAUACAUUGCAGCAUGUCAGAGAGCAACUUAACAUAGCUUUAUGAUUAAGAGCAUGCCACUAACCACAUGCUGUAGGUUAUUUUACAGUAUACCUCGCAAACGUAGCUUAACUUAGCAUUUGAAGUUUGCACCGUUAAGGCCUUGAUAAUUGAAGAAAUGUAAUUUUUAUUUUAUCUAGUCUGUGUUUGAUUUAGAUAGCAUUUAUGAUCACUGUGAUGUGCUUUGCAAUUAUUUAUUUAAAAAAUAACUUCAGUUCUUAUAGGAUGAUCAGGGAAUUGUGCUACACUAGAUUUUAAGCUGCUUCUUAAUUUAUGGAGGUGAAAAUAAAGGAUAUAAAUAUAA